CAGUCCGCCUGCAUAUAAACACGGCUGGGGAGUAAACAAAGCCGCUCUGCAGCCGAGCCGAGCAUUUGGAGCUGAAGCCGGGACGACGCAGGCGUCAUGCUGCUGCUGGUGUUGAGGGCCGUGAUGGUGCUGGUGCUGGUGCUGGUGCUGGCGUGCGUCUCGCUGGUGCAUGCUGGGAGAGGUCGGGGGAAAAAGGCCAAGAGUGUGAAGCUGUUCCUGGACCCGUCGCAGCUGCCGCUCGUGCCCAGAAGCCUCCACUCCAACAUCAACAACAUGUCUCUGUCCCCCUGGACGUACAGCGACUCCAGCGACGCGUCCCGGCUGCCCAAGCGCGUCUCCCAGGCUCGCUGUCUGACCUCCGGGUGUCUGAGCCUGCACGGAGAAGGGGAGGACGCCACCCUGGAAGCCAGACCCAUCCAGUACGAGAUCCUGGUCCUGCACAGGGUCCCAUGGCGACGGCCCGGCGGGGCGGGAGGGAGGACGGGGAGGAAGGCCAGGAAAUACGCCUUCGUGCUGGGGACCCAGGUGAUCACGGUGGGCUGCACCUGCGUCAGGCCGACCGUCGUACCCCAGCAGUGAGGGGGGGGGGAAUCCUUCCACCGUCACGUCACCCAAGUCCUCAUCUCUUCUCAGAAAACGCCCAUCGUCGUCACAGGAAGUCACUUUUAGCAUCAGAUUUUAACAGAUGUGUGUAAUCCAGGUGCCAUAAAGUAAAAAUCCAGUCCAGCAGUUGUUCCAACCAAUCAAAGAGGCCACGUUUCCACAAAAACGGAUAUUUCCCCCUCUACGUUUUGAAAAAUACCCUCGUUUACACAAACCUGCAUGAAUACGCUGUUAAGGUGCUAUGAGCAUCCAAACCUGCAGGGGGAAGUGUAACGAGAAGAUAAAGUCAUGCUAGCCAAUCAGAAUCCUGGAAAGAAACGUCAACAAAUGACACGUGUGAAGCCUGAAUAAUAUGGUUCCGCGUUAAAUCGAUGGCGUAGCCUACGUACGGUGCGCGUCGCCGCGUACCCUACGCCGUCGGCUCUGCGUUGGUGUAACGCGGAACCAUAAAUCAGCCCUGACUGCCAGUUACUUCCAAGACGGAACGAGAGUCUUUCGUUUGGAGUGACAGAGAAGUGGAGUUACUUUUAAGUGUGACUUUAGAAUAUAAAACAGGUAAAAUACAAGAAAAUAUUGACGGUGGCCAAACAAAUUGUAAACACAGGUCGCACAAAUGAUGCUGGUGACGUUUCUGUUGCAUAAUGUGACGUUCUGAAGCCUAAAUCUCCGUUUCCCUCCGUUUACAAGCAAACGUGAAAACAGAGUUUUUGAAAAUCUCCACUUUGGCCGGAGUUUUCAGAAAUGAUCGUUUUUGGUGACUUUGAGCUUCGUUUUCAUGUAAACGAACGGCCAAAACGCAUGAAAACGCCACCGUUUUUGCUACGUAUAAACGGGGCCUAAACCAGCUACUCUGCAGGUAAAUGGUAGGUCGUUAGUGAAAACCCCUGUUCUAAAUGUACAGGCUGGUGCAGAAACACGGCAGGGUUUUUACUUUAUGGCAUCUGGAUUAAGCACCUCUGCAAAAAACAACCAAUUCCCAUGUUGCAAACAGCAGAAAUUGCUGUAGCAUUGUCUUCACAACCUUCUUCAGAGGGUUGGAAAUACCCGGCUAUGUGUAAACGUGGCCUCAGUGAUUGGUUGGAACAACUGCUGGACAGGAUUUUUACUUUAUGGCACCUGGAUUAUAGACCUCUGGAUUUUAAUUUGUCAUUUAGAUAUAGUAAAGAGGUAUUUUCCCACUUCGUUAUCUGGCCCGGGUUUUAAAAGGGUUAUUGAGUGCAUGUAAACGCAGUCAGUGUUUUCCAUAAUAAUACACGGAAUCUCAGUUAACUAGCAUACGAAGACAUGAAUGAGGCAUAAGCUUUUUCCUGAAACUUGCCCCCGUCUCUUCCAGUCAACUUAAAGUGAAGGCCUUUGACUGACGUUUGCAGCAUCUGCAGCAUCUGCAGCAUUUGCAGCAUUUGCAGCAUUUGCAGCAUCUGCAGCAUUUGCAGCAUUUGCAGCGCUGCAGUGCAGCAACCAGGAGAACCACUGCCAACACACACUAUAUGUCAGAGAUGUCGGAGCGGUGACGUUACAGUGUUAUUUAAGGCCCUCAGAAUAAAAACUGUAACCCAUUUCCACGAGCUUAACUGAUGAAAAGUGUGAGACGGAGCAACUGUUUUAGCUACAAGCCAAAAAGCAUUGAUUAAAUAGUAAAGUUGUUUUAUUUAUUGAAAGUGUUUCAUCCAAACCAAGCGCUUUGUUGCGAUACGACAUCAUCAAAUGAGUGUUGUCAAACAUAUUUAGUUCUAUGUGAUGUGGUAAUAUUAUUAUUAUUUCUUGGUGCUUUUUAUGUAUUUUGUCUCGUGUUUAUUUUUAUUUAUCUUCUGCAAAUGUAUUUUAUUUAACGUCAGCAGCCUUCACACAUAUUUAACUAAUAAUAAUUAUGAAAAAAAUCUAUUUACUUGGUGUAUUUUUGAGACAUUUUGCAUGUUGAUCAUUUAUUUGAAGCCUCGGAGGGCUGUGUUUGUUUCCUGCCACCUAGAAGUAAAAGUUUAUCUAUUUUUUUAAUAGGAAUUGUUAGGAAAUCCUUGCUUGGUGUCAUUUUAAAAGUUAGAAGGGCAACGACAUCAUCAAAUAAGUGUUGUCAAAAAUAUCUAGUUCUAUGUGAUGUGGUAAUAUUAAUGUAUUGGUGCUUUUUUUGUAUUUUGUCUCGUGUUUAUUUUGAUUUAUGUUCUGCAAGUGUAUUUUAUUUAAUGUCAUUUUUAUUAUUCUUGCCACAAAGUGACUCAUAAAAUCCUGCUGUGCCUUGA